AUGGUUUAUGUCGAACCCCGUUAUCGAGGAAUUGUGCCAACGCCUACAUCAACAUCGCCAAAUCAGUCUUUCAAAGCCGAAGGAUCUUUGUUUUCACCAAAAGUUCAGAACAAAUACAUGGUUUCUCCGCCAGCCGAGUUGAUUCAAGUAGGUAUAGGCAGCUAGAUGUCUACGUUAGUUUUUAAUGUAACUUUUGUUAAUGAUUACGUAGAGACGUGAGUUUUGGUGAGCAUGUAGGGAUUUUCAUGGUCUACGAAAUUUGUCUACUACAUUUUUGAAAAAAUGGUUAAAAAUUGCGAGUUGGGGUAUAUUCAAGUAGAUAUAGGUGGAAUAUAUUCAUUUUCUUUGUAACUUAAGGAUAGGUAUGGACUUAAAACUUGGUGGCGAUAUACAGCGUUUUGUGUUCUAUAAAAUGUAUUAUAAAGAUUAUUGAAAAAAAUUUUACAUUUUUAAAAAUUUGAGUUUUCUGUCGAGCCUUCAAAGUUUUCAUUUCAGAAGCCCCUUCAAGUUGUGAAUUCAGCUUCCCCUAGCUACAAAUGGUCUGGAAUGUCAGCUCAACCGCAAGGACAUGUUAUUAUGGAGCUUCUUACUGGUCGGAUGGGUGUUUCCACCGGGCCAGUCUUGCAAUCCGAUGUUUCGAAGCAUUAUUGGACCCCAUCAAACAGUUACAACAUGGUGCUGGAGGAAAAGGACUCAUUGAAGGAUUUGAGCAGUGAAUUGGAGAAGCUGAGGUUGAACAAAAGUAACACGAGCCAGGGCAGUCGAUUUGGGGAAGCUAGGGAGGGUCAGCCAUUGGGUAUGUGAUGGAAGGGUGUUAUGUUACUAUCAUGAUUAAUAUAAUUUUUGUGUUUAAUUUUUUAUUAUGCUUGCUUGAUAAAAAGGAGAUUAAAAUACUUACGAAAAUUAAAAAAAUAUUUUUGUGAAAUUAAAGUAAAAUUUCAAAGUUUGUUUUUGAUGUUUUAAGCCCAAAAAAAUUACUAUAAGAUCUUCAUCAUCUCACUUUUUUCAGCUCAAUCAACUCCGUCUUGUCGUCCAACUUAUGGACGAGCUCCAUCUCCAAAUUGCCGUGCUACUGACGUAGAACGAGAUCGUCAGAAGGCUGAGCAACGUUUGUGCGACAAGAUGAAGACGGUUUUGUGUACUCAGUAUAUGAAGACUGGAUCUUGUGACUACGGGAAGUGCUGUCGAUUUGCUCACGGAUAUGCUGAAUUGAGAUUGAGAAAGGUAAAGGUAACUUAUAAUGCGGGGUUCUGUUGUAUUUUGAGUGUUUAUGUUGUUUAUGGCGGGUUUUUUUUCUAAUGUUGGUGGUCUUUGAAGGUUUUAAUUUGAUUUACUGAUAAAAUUUAAAAGUUUGAAGAUUUUAAAACAUGGAUAAUAAAACUUCUGAUAUUUUUAACAUUAUUUUUAUUAAUAAAAAUUGAUGUAAAAGUUAUAUUAACUUUGAAAAAUCAAAAACACCAUCUUAAAGUACGCAAAUCCGUAACAUUAGAAUGGAUCCGCGCCAAUCGGAUUAAUAUCGUGUCGGGACCCAGAAAAACAAAAUAAAAUAUUAUUUCCAACAAUUAUUUUUUGUUGCGAAUCGGUUGAACAUUUCGAUGUUACCUGAUGUUUGUUUAUUUUUUGUACAUUUCCUAUGUUUAUUCUGGAUCUACUGUAUCUAAAUUGAAUCCUUGAGUUGGCAUGUAGGUAUCAGAGUAUUAUUUUAUAAAUUUGAUAAAUAAUAUUGUGAUAUAUAUUUGUUCCCUCUUGGAAAUUCUUAUUUCGCAAGUAAACUAUAGUGUCAAUGCUUUUAGAGAUUUUUAUUGCAUGCAGAAUAAUAUAUUUAUUAAUUUUUACCUAAUAUAUAUGUUUUACGUAAUAAUUUAUAUUAUUUUAGGUGAAACGGAAACAGUUUAGGUAACAAUAACGAGCACGCACAUUUUGAUGGAAACUAAUUGGACCGAAUACGCGGAGGAACUCGGUAAUUCAGCUUUUAUGGACUGGGUAUGUGAUUUACUUUGUUUUGUUCGGUUUUUAGGUCUAAAAAGGUGCAAAAGGUUUAGCAUAAUUUCAAGAUUGAAAGGCUAGAUCAGGAAAGUUCUUGGCAUCCACAAAAAACGGACGUGCGAAACAGCUAUCGUGCACGAAGUUGCAGGGGAAUUGGAGACAUUGGAGAAUGUAGUUUUGCAAAAUGGGUAAUAAUUAAAUUUUUAGAUAUAUUAUAGUUAGUUCUACAAAGUUUAAAAGUUUUAGUGUUAUCAUUUAAAUAUAUGCACAAUUAUAAAUUUAUUCGACCAAAAAGUUUUGUAUGAAUACUAAUUAACCUCCACUAAUUCAAAAUAUACCAAAAAAUUUAAUUGAUCCUCCUUUGAAAACUUUGUACCUUUCCACACCUUAAAACCGAACAAAACAAAGUAAAUGACAUACCCAGCCCAUGAAGGCGGAAUUGUCAAGUUGCUCCGCGUAUUCGGUCCAAUUUGCUUUCAUCAAAAGGUGCGUGUCCGUUAUUGUUACCUAAAAUUUUUCUGUUUCACCUAAAAUAAUAUAAAUUAUUACGUAAAACAUAUAUAUUAAGUAAAAAUUAAUAAUUAUAUUAUUCUGCAUGCAAUAACAAAUCUCUAAAAGCAUUGACACUAUAGUUUACCUGCGAAUUAAAAAUUUCCAAGAGUGAACAAAUAUAUAUCACAAUAUUAUUUAUCAAAUUUAUCAAAUAAUACUGUGGUACCUACAUGUCAACUCAAGGAUUCAAUUUAGAUACAGUAGAUCCAGAAUAAACAUAGGAAAUGUACAAAAAAUAAACAUAAACAUCAGGUAACAUCGAAAUGUUCAACCGAUUCGCAACAAAAAAUAAUUGUUGGAAAUAAUAUUUUAUUUUGUUUUUCUGGGUCCCGACACGAUAUUAAUCCGAUUGGCGCGGAUCCAUUCUAAUGUUACGGAUUUGCGUACUUUAACAUACCUCAUUUUAGGUCCCAGCCAAUUACAAGACGGUUUUGUGCCAAAAUUUUGAACGUGACAGUUAUUGUCGCUAUGGAAAGCGUUGUCAAUUCAUUCAUCGCAAUUACGAUCAUGCCAAUUCGAGUGAUGUUGAUAUGGAUCGUGCUGUUCUGGCUACUUCCGCAGACGAGAAGAAGGUUAUGAAGCCGGUUGUGUUUGGCAAUCGUUUCCAGCGCUCUAACUUCCAUUAA